UAAUUUGGCGUCCCACGGUUUCUUGUGUUUUUAUUUGGUAGUGUGCUUCCCCCCAACAGCUGCUUUUGUGUUUAUUUGCAUUAAAGACGUUUCGACAAGGUUCCCUUCCCCGUGGCCGCCAAAAAAUGCAUAAUAUUUUUUAUUAGGUUACAUAAGUGCGUGUAGCGAAAACAAAAAACUGAAACGGAACAGUUCCUGUGUAGUUGGCCUACGAAUUUCAGAAAGUAAGCGGCAAAAUUUGUGGAACGUUAUGCCAGGCAGCAGAAUUGGCAAAGACCCCCGGACGAAACCCAUUGAUUGUAGCACCAUUAGCCCGUACACCACAACCAUCUGCCGCACCGCCGCGGUCCCAAUCACUUGUGAUUAGAGACACAGACUAGACGACUAGUCAUCGUUUUAGUUUAGAAUUCCCGCCAUGCUGUGCGGUGCUCUAGUCCGCGGUUCCGUCCACAAGACGGCCAUUUACCGCAGCCUGUCUGACCUCCUCCUCAGCCCGGUCACGGCGUUGGGUCACGAUGUUCGCUGCCUCUCCGCCGGAAGAGGCGUCGUAUGUAAGCUGCCACAAGCAGCCCACCGUGAAGAUCUUCUCUCGCUUACCCGGACCCGGGCGAAGAGCCAUUCAAAAUUAACAGUGCGAUCUCUACACUCAGAGCACGACGCCAUGUUCUACUCGAUGUACGCUUACCUGUCCAACUUGCCGCGCCUCCAUGUCUUGGGCAUGGCGGUGGUGGCCUAUGUCGUCUAUUAUCUAAUCCAGGUGGUCAAGCGACCGAUUAUCGCUUGUUCGGACGGGCCAUUCAAGCAGUAUCUGAUCCGCCAGGUGCCGACGCUGGAGAACAAGUACUGGCCCACCUUCUGGUGCGUAGAGAGUCGUGCCCAGACUGUCCUUGCGAGCCUGCUGCGCUCCAAGAGUCUGCCGCGCGUCAACUACCGCCGCGAGAUCCUUCCCUUGAAGGAUGGUGGCGAGGUGGCGCUUGACUGGAUGGAGGAGGGCUGCGAUGAGCGUGCGCCCUGCAUCCUCAUUCUGCCGGGCCUAACCGGUGAAUCUCAGGCGGAGUACAUAAAGUGCCUGGUCUUUGCCGCCCAGCAGGCGGGCAUGCGGGUGGUGGUGUUCAAUAACCGCGGUCUCGGAGGCAUCGAGCUGAAGACACCACGCCUCUACUGUGCCGCCAACUGCGAGGACCUGUGCGAGGUGAUCCAGCAUGUGCGUCGCACUCUGCCGGCACAUUGCAAACUGGGUGCCACGGGCAUAUCCAUGGGUGGUCUGAUUCUCGGAAACUACCUGGCUCGUAAGAGCGAAGAGGCCAGGAACAUUCUCUCGGCGGCAAAGAUCAUCUCGGUGCCGUGGGACGUGCACAAGGGCAGUGCCAGCAUCGAGAAGCCGGUGAUCAACAGCCUGCUGGGCCGCCAUCUGGCCGGGAGUCUGUGCCGCACCUUGCGCAACCACCUGGAUAUAUACCGCGAGAUCUACCAGGACUCGGACAUCGAUAUUCAGCGUAUAUUGCGCUGCAAGACCAUUAAGGAAUUCGACGAGCUGUUCACUGCCAAGCAGUUCGGCUAUGCUCACGUCAAUGACUAUUACUCGGACGCUACGCUGCACAACAAGCUGGACCACAUCUCAGUACCACUGCUGUGCCUGAGCGCUGCGGAUGAUCCUUUCCAGCCGCUGGAUGCCAUUCCCAUCAAGGCAGCUAAUCAGUGCACCCAUGUUGCCAUAGUGAUCACGGCCCGGGGCGGCCACAUUGGUUUCCUAGAGGGCUGGUGGCCCUCCACCAAAGACCAGUACAUGGGACGACUGUUUACGGAGUACUUCACCAAGGCUUUGUUCGACGAGGAUGGUGAGUUUCAGCACACAGCCAACAAAAUGCACGAACGCUUCUUGGCCAAGCAGACGGUGGCUCUGGCUGCCUCCUCUUCGUCGUCAUCGUCGCCGGCUUUGCUGCUAACCAAAAAGUUGGACGCUGGCACUCUGGACCACAAGGUGAAGCUAAUGUAAUGAAAUUUCGAUAAAAUUUUCAUUUAGUCUAUACCAAAAAUACAUAGUUAUCCGCGUCUGUAUUCCGAUAGAAUUCCGCGAAACACAUGUGAUAUAAUGAAACGCUGAUCAAAAUCAAA